CUCUCGCCACCCAUGAUAACGAUAGCCAAAAGCCAGCGAUAAUACGCCAGUGUCAUGUUGUUUUAGACUCACAGACCGCGGGAGAGGGAGACAGCGCAGUGCUAUCCGCAACAACGGCUAAAUAUUUGUCAUUAGUUUGUCUUCAUAGAAAACUGCGACAUGGCCAUCGUGCGCAUUGUGUACUUCCUUCUAAUUCUUGGCCUGAGCGCGGGACUCCUCGUGGGGCCCGUCCGCCUCGCCCACAGGAAGCGCUACAUAUCCUACCAGGAGGGCCCUUCGCCCGACAACAGCCUCCUGGAGUGCCACCACACGCUCGAGGGCGACGAGGAGCUGCAGGAAGUCUUCUGGUACCUGUAUAAGGGGGAGGAGAGGCUAGGAGACUUCAGGUGGAGUCCUGAGGGAGGCGGUGCAGCUACGGGUCUCCUCGAGGACCACGUCAACCUCGACCGCACCGACGGGAACCUCGAACUCACGAAACUCGCCUACGAACUCGGAGGGAAGUACUCCUGCGGCAUCGCGACCACCGACGGGCAGGUCCUCGAGACGGCUCCGUGGGAAGUGCUCAUCAUUCACCAGACAUCGAACCGCAUCGACAACGAACUCUCCGGUGACAUUCCGCAUGCAGGAUCCGGAGCAGCAUGACCGUCUAUGCAGUGUAUCCGGAGCCGACGGUGCACAGCGGCCUCUACUCGGCGGACAGGGGCGGGUUCUUCGACCAGGUCACGCCCCUUCGAGUGGCACAAGAUCGUCUACGACAACCAAUCCGUUGCUUAUUCGUACUAUGAGAAGGUCUUCCAGAUAGAUGCGGACACUCCCCUUGACACCGUGUUCCUGACAACAGUGGCGUGACCAAGAGUGACAACAACUACAUUUCUCUCGAGACCAAAAGAUCCUACGACCAGACGUGGCAAGAGCGCGGGUGUGCUCCUCUGAGGACUCAGGAGUA